ACUAGCAAGAUAGAAAGCAAACCAAAUUAAGAUCGAUCGAUCGAUCGAUCAGUGAUCAGUAGGCAUGGCAGGGCGGCAGCAGCUGGUGGUGGUGGGCAUGGUGGUGGUGAUGGUGAUGAUGCAGUGGACGGGGGGUGCGGCGGCGAGGCAUCAUCAUCAUCAUCAUCAUCAUAAGAAGUCGUACGAGGAGGUGUUCGAUCGGCAGGAGGCGGACCGGGUGCAGCGUCUGCCGGGGCAGCCGGCGGAGCUUGGGUUCCGGCAGUUCGCCGGGUACGUGACGGUGAACGAGACGCACGGCCGCGCCCUCUUCUACUGGUUCUUCGAGGCCGCCUCCGACGUGGCCACCAAGCCCCUCGUCCUCUGGCUCAACGGAGGCCCUGGUUGCUCCUCCCUCGGCUAUGGCGCCCUCGAGGAGCUCGGCCCCCUUCUCGUCAACAACAACGACACCCUCAUCAUCAACCCGGAAUCAUGGAACAAAGAGGCUAACCUGCUGUUCGUGGAGUCCCCCGCCGGCGUCGGCUUCUCCUACACCAACACCACCACCGAUCUCGCCCAUUUCGGCGACAAUCUCACCGCCCAUGACGCGCACGCCUUCUUGGUGAAUUGGCUGGAGAGGUUCCCGCAAUUCAAGGGGCACGACCUAUACAUCGCCGGCGAGAGCUACGCCGGCCACUACGUCCCCCAGCUCGCCACCAAGAUCCUCCAUUUUAACAAGAAGAAGAAGGAACAUGAUGAUGAUGAUCGCAUCAUCAACCUCAAGGGCAUCAUGAUCGGCAACGCCGCCAUCGACUCCAGCUCCGACGACCGCGGUCUCGUGGAGUACGCUUGGGACCACGCCGUCAUCUCCGACGAAAUCUACGCCGCCAUCAAGGGCAACUGCACCUUCCCCGACGACGGCAACGAGACGGACAAGUGCAACACCGCAUGGAACGGCUUCUUCACCGCCAUGGGCGACAUCGACAUCUACAGCCUCUACACUCCGUCCUGCACCGCCGCGCUCAACGGCACAACCACCAUUACUAAUGGCACCCGCAGCCGCUUCGCCGAUAAGGUGCUCCGCCUCCGCCGCGGCUUGCCUUACAACACGUACAACCCGUGCGUGGACUACCGCGUGAUCGACUACCUGAACCGCGGCGACGUCCAGGCGGCGCUCCACGCCAACGUGUCGGGCGGCAUCCCCUACAGCUGGGCGCCCUGCAGCGACGCGCUCACCAACUGGACGGACGCGCCGCCCUCCACGCUGCCGGACAUCGCCGCCCUCGUCCGCGCCGGCCUCCGCGUCUGGGUCUUCAGCGGUGACACGGACGACCGCGUGCCGGUGACGUCGACGAGGUACGCGCUGCGGAAGCUCAAGCUCAAGACGGUGAGGCCGUGGAAGCAGUGGUUCACGAGCGAUCAGGUGGGCGGCUACACCGUGCUCUACGACGGCCUCACCUUCGUCACCAUCCGCGGCGCCGGCCACAUGGUUCCCAUGAUCACGCCUGUGCAGGCCAGACAGCUCUUCGCCCACUUCCUCGCCGGCGACGACAUGCCCGCCAACCCCAUCCUCGCCCCCACUCCACCUUAAUUUUCUUUAUAUUAGCAGCUGUGCGUCUUCUUAUUUAUUUUUAGGAUUUAUAUAUUUUGUUAGGGCAUAUAUCUAAUAUGCCUGCCCUCUAAACUUCACAUUUAUUUAUUUUCGGCUAUCAACGUACCUGCUACAUAU